AGGGGCCAAGCUUGGUUGCUCGUCGGUAAAAACGAUUUCGCGUAUCCCAUAUAUUUCGACUGCAACGAAACCGUUCAUACCCGUCGAUCCAUCGGUUAAUUCAACGACAAGUAUCGAACAAUUCUCAUUUUCGAGCAGCAGAGCUUUAUUUUUAAAGCGAAAAGAUCUAAAAAAAAAGAGACAGAGAGAAGAGAGAAAGAAGGAAAGAAAUAUCGUUCGCAACGAUGUUUUGCCUGUAUCGAAAGUCGCAAUUGUGCGAAGACUCGGAAUGGCUGAGCUUGGCAUUGGAAGUUUUCACGAGGGCUCAUCGUUUGUUGAAAAAUUUCGUCGAUUUCUACAAGUUCGUCCCCCCUUGAAAAUAUAAAUAUACGCGUUCGUUGAAAAAUAAAAAUCUACAAUACAGGUUCCAUUCGAAGAAGUGUUUCGCGAUUAAUUACGAGUCGAUCCCUUUGCACGGUGCUCUGGACGUUGUUACCGCCUCGACCGCAUCGAUAAUCUGCGUGAGCGUGUUGAAAAAGAAAUGCCAGCAAUCGGAUCUCUACCAAGACAUGUCCCCAUGCGUUCGGUGUCAAGACUUUGACGUUCUGCCGGACGAGGUGGUUCGCAAAAUGGACGUGAUUCUGUUGUGUCUACAAAACCCUAACGACAUCGAGAACAUUAUAUGCCGGAUAAAGGACGUGUUGUACAUUUUGGAAAGGUUGACGCCGUGCAGGAUGUCGGAGAAAAUUCAAAUUUUGUCGCUUCUGCUCAAGGAAAUAGUGAGGAAGCUCGUUUGCCCUUCCCAAACUUUGGAAGAAUCGUUCGACACCUCGCAAAUCAAGAUGACACUGAACCUCGUAAACAACUUUAUUCGGGACUGGAGCGAGAAAAGGUCGAAAUCCUGCCCUUCUCUCAGGAUAUGCAGAUUCUGCAACGGCGCUAUCGUCGAAACCAGUCGACAAUGGGGCACGUUUUGCUGCGAGGAGGCGUUCAAGUUCAACAACAUCCGGAUCGAGUGGGUCCUCCGUCAAUCGAUAUCGGACGCGAGCAAAGAGGCGCGGGACCCGGGCCCGCGCAAGGAUCCCAGAUCCCUGAGGGAGGAGCAAUUCUUGGACACCGAGGAGGGGACCCGGUCCUCGGCCGAGACCGAGGAGGAGGCGACCGGAGGGGGCAGGAGGGGGGCGUACAGGCCGUCGAAUCUUCACCCGCCCGUGUGCAGGAGGGCGGGAGGGGAUCAUCGACACGAGGAGGGCAGGGACUCGGUCCCUAGGAGGGGGGCCGACACGUGCGACGGGCUCCGCGUCCCCCUCGAGGGGAUUUCGGGGAGGGACGGGAUCCCCCGUUCCCCGGAGGAAUACCUCCCGGAUUCUUCGACUUCGAGGGGGUUGGGCCGCGACCUCGAUGGGGAGGGAGCAAGACGCAGGCCGCGGGACGGGGAGGGACCCGACACCGACAGGAGGGGGGCGUUCGCCGAGAAGGCGACCGGGAGGAGGGGGUUGUACAGGGACGCCGGGGGGCCGCGGGUCGAGGCGGAGGAGGAUUGGAGGGGAGGAAGGAGUCCCAGGAGGAGAAGGGAGGUGGAGGAGGUGGAGGAGGAGAGGAGAGGAUACCCGAGGAAGGGAAGGGGUAGGGAGGAGGAGGAGGAGAUGGAGGAUGGGAGGAGGCGAGGGGAAGAAGGUGACUUACAAGUUUAA